AAUUUAUCAUACUCCGUAGCAAGUAAUUAAUUAUGACAGCUAUAGCAGGCCUGUAGGGAACGGCGCGCUUAAAUGCAAAUCUCUUCUGCUUUGAUUGACUCAACAAUCGUUUCAUUCUCCAUCAAACUUCACUAUGGAAGGGAGCAAUCGUCAUGCUGACCUCAGCAGUGCAGCCGCUCAGGGCAACCGCCAUCCCAUCGGAUUGAUCCCGGUAGCUCCACGCGCCGCCGCUUCCGGCGCUUCUGCCCUGCUAGAGAUAUCUGGCGCUUCCCCUAUGUACACCCAACAUAGAGGCCCAGUCAAUCUCUUCGUCCCCGACGCCCAAAUGCUGUUCCACGUCCUCGGAAUCUGUGACCUGAUAAUGAACUCCACUUACGAUUUUAUUAGCUCAUCUCCUGGCUGGCUCCCAAUCGUCUCCCAGCUUUACAUAUCCGUGCUCUGGAAUGCUAUGAUUCUCAAAGUCUACGUCAAAUCCGGACACGGGGUUAUGUUUGACCUGCCCCAUCUUCAAGUCAACGAAUGCAUGAUUCCCGGCCCACUAGUCCCAUUCUUCCAGUCCCUUGCCGCGGUCAACGGCCCGUUUGACUGGAUUGGUGAUAUUGUCCCUCAUCUCCCUGACUUCUCAAUUUUCUGGAAUGCCCUGGGGUUCCAUGUUAAUAGUGACUAUGCCCGCCAAGUCCCUGUUCCUGCCCUUAUCCUCGACCAGCUCUACCACUUCGCCACCUGGCAGGUCCCCGAAGAUAAAACUAUAUUCGACAGCUUUGAAUGGUAUGAGAACAUUUUCUCACAAGACAUUCGCACUCAUAAUUCCUUGAAUCGCAUGGGUCCACAACUUUGCGGGUCUCUAUGGACCUCGAGUGAACAACUCGAGGUCGCGAGAUGGUUUUGGAGUGCGGCUUUUGGUGAUAUCAGAUUCAAUCGGGUCGAUGCAACUCGUGAUCCAUUCUCUAAUUAUCACCAACUCUUUGGAUUUGUGUCACAAACUGGAACCCCGCAACACACGUGGUUCCAGGAUGUGAACAUGGUCAUGCAAAAUUAAGCCAAAUACUUCAAUGAAUCUAUCCCCCUCAAAUGCAUCACUCUCGGUGGUAUUGGUGCUGUUGUAGUUCAAGGUCAUCCGAGAAACAAUGCAGCCACACGCGACUGGAUUUAUCCCCGGAUCGAUAAUAUUGCUCCUUUUCUCACAGGUCGUUUCAGCCCACGCCGGGCAUUACCCAACGAUUUUACGGUGGUAUUUCAACAUGCCGAUCAUGAGAUUGAAGAACUGGCUGAACGGUAUGCUAUAGUGACUCACACCAACAUCCAAUGGCCAGGUUCUAUAGCUGCUCAAAAUGAUUGGACUGCCAUCAACAAUGGGAACCUCCACGUUGGAGAUUAUUGGAAGAUGAAAAGCCAUCGGUUUUCAUCGCCAAAGAGUCUUAAAGGACAUUUUGCAACGAUCAUAGCUUCACGCUAUCACCAAUUGACCAGUUGCUAAUCACUUCUACUAGUUUAGCAUCAAACUAAAGUGUUUCAACACUCCGUUGUGCUUCUCAUCACGUACAACCUUGUGGAGUUGUCGCCUUUGGAUAAGUUGCAUUUUUCUGCAUUCAUCAAUGUCACUCAUUAAUUAAUCUUGGUAUAACCACUCUUUUACCCCUUAGAUGAAUUUUGAGAUCGGCCCCGACUUGAUAAUUGUGCUGGUUUGAACUUGAUGUUUU